GCAGAAUGGCUGCAAGAGCUUUGGCAGAUGCAGCUUUUGAAAAGAGCUUCAGUAAAACAUAUGAAACUUUCAAAAUCCAAAAAGGAGGACCAGGAACUUUUUAUCCUUUUGCCUUCACUGACAUCAUGGGCCUUGAGAAGGACACAGGAGUUAUGGUGGAAGACAUCAUACUGGCCAUGAAGGGGCACGUGAAGGAUGGUUACACGUUCAAUCCUCAAUCUUCAUUAUCCGAACACGAUCAUAAGUACAACAAGGAGCCCACUCUAAAUGACAAAGUUCAUGUUUUAGUGUCUGUGAUCGAUGCCAACAAAAUAAAACUUAUGAGUGAUGAUAUAAUAAAACAGAUGAGGACUGUCAGACUUGCAGCCAGUGACAUGGGAAUUCCCCAAAUGGCAAUUCUCACCAAAAUUGAUGAAGCCUGUCCAGAAGUCAAAAAAAAUAUACGAAAUGUGUAUAAGAGCAUCUGGUUGAAGGAACAGAUGGAGAUAGUGAGUGUGACAUCAGGUAUUCCACUGUACUGCAUCUUUCCUGUCAAGAACUACCACUCUGAGAUCCAAACAGAUGAUGACGUCGACACACUGAUACUGGCUGCUCUGAAGCAGAUGAUCAACUUUGGAGAGGACUACGUUAACAAACUGCAGACCUGCUGAACCUUGUUUAUUGUUGUGUUAAAAUGACUUUUGGGUCUGAACAGGGAUGUCAGAGUAAUUCUUUGCAUGCUGAUUCUCAUUUUCUUGGCUAAAGCAUUUACCCUUAGACUAGAAACUCUUCUGGCCUUUUUUUUUUUUGCUUGAAUGACAAAGUUUGUGUUUGCUUUGUAGACUUGGCUUUCAAUUUUUGUGUUUUGCUCUUGUAUCUAUCAACCUUUGAACAGACAUCUAAUUGUGUUAGAAAACUAUACUGCUUUCAUAUUAUACUAGGGUGACCAUAUUUUGAUUUCCAAAAAAGAGGACACUUGGCCCAGUCAUGAAGUACUUUAAUAAUACUGUUUGCUUAAAGGGCAAAAGAAAAUAACUUGAAAACCUCUGGAAUUAAAUAAUGGUACAGAGAAAAGGCCUCAACUGUAUAAGAAAAAUUACCAGCACCGGGACGGUACUGAAAUUCAGGGGCGAUUCUUGGAUCAGAGCUUUGGGGGUGCUGAGCACCCAGAGAGCUGCCCAGCCAGGCAAGAUAAACCUGUCUCU